UCAUUCUUGACCUUUCAAAAGUUCCACGUAAUAAUUGUUUCGAUCAUUUAGUAGGUUUUUUCGUAAGUUUCGGUAGUAAUAAUGUUGCAAACAGCCUGCGAUUGCUCUGCGUUCCUUUCCCAUAAAGGAGAGUGAAUCAUUGUCAAGUCCGCAUCAACCUCACGCUUUUAUCAAUAUUCCCACCAACAACGACACACAAUGGCAACUAUACAGAAGAGAACAGUCCUGAUCACCGGUUGCAGUACGGGCGGCAUUGGCUGGGCUAUAGCCAAGAACUUUCACGACCGGGGUUUCUACGUCUUCGCUACAGCCCGCGAUCCUGCGAAGGUUGGGGAUCUUUCGGAGUUAAGCAACGUGGAGAUUCUCAAGCUGGAUGUUACUGUUCCAGAAACCAUUUCGCAAUGCAAAGAUAUAGUCACAAAGCGCACAGACGGGAGCCUCGAUAUCUUGGUCAACAAUGCUGGUGUCGAGUUUCUUUCUCCGCUGCUGGAUGUCGACGUUACAGAAGCGAAGAAGUUGUACGAUGUCAACGUUUGGGGUCCUCUUGCCAUGGUCCAGGCAUUUGCUCCGCUGUUAAUCGACGCAAAGGGAGUAAUAGUCAACCAGAGCUCUAUUGACGGGGUCAUGAAUAUGGUGUGGGCAGGCAUCUUUGCCAGUUCCAAAGCAGCAGAAGCCCGUAUCUCAGAAACGUUGAAGUUUGAGCUCGAACCUCUAGGUGUGCGAGUUGUUACAAUCAUGUGCGGUUCCGCUGAUACGCCCAUGUUUGCCAAACCUGGUGGUCAGAUGAAGUUGCCCAAGACCUCGUACUAUUACAAUGCUCAAGACACCGCAUACAAAGAGCGAAUGGACCAUCAGCGCCAAGCUAUGAAAGUUGAAGUUCUUGCCGAGAAGCUGGCCAGAGAUAUUGUCGGCGGUGCUAGGGGGCAGAUCUGGCAUGGGGCGUUUGCUCCGCUUGUGAGGUGGGCAAAUUGGUUGUCCCUUUUGUGGUAUGUCGAUAAGACGGUUAACGCAGAACGAGGCUUGGGUAAGGUCAAAUGUCUUUAGGUUUUUGCUUUGGGAAUUUGAAUAUGCUUGGUGUAUGAUUUGGGUAUGUUCAUUUACCAAGGGCUUUCUGGUGAGGGUUUUGUAGUGGUUUCAUUUCGAGGAUUGGAAAAUGGGAAAUAGAAUAGUACUAAUACGCCUCACCAAAGGAGUUAUAAUUUUUAAUAGAAUAUCGGGUUAAUG